GAAUCUCGCCGGGUUGAUGGACACCGGAUCUCUUACAAACCCCUCUCAACAUCUGGACAUCGUUGGGGUUCUGGUUCUAGAAAGCCAAUAGUAGAUUCGAGGUGGCAGAACCUUUCAACGAAAGGCAAAAAGCGCAGCAUCCAGAGCCAAAUCCAGAGAAGGGGUCAUAGAUAUGUUUCGCAGAGGAAUUACCUUCAGGAAUCUAGACCAAGUUUUCGAAGCAAAAAAAAAAUCCUUCCAAUUUUGCAUUGAGAAUAAGGUAUUUCUCCUCUUUCACUCCUUCUACCACAACAAUUUUUGCAUCUCAGAGUUUGGGCGUAGGGCAUUCCAUAUCUGGUUAAAUUUAGCAGAGGUUCAAUGGCUGACUGAGAUUCUUCCCAAUAGCGCUCUGCGUAGCUCUUGGGCCAUAUCUAGAUAUGAGGAAGGAAGGAAAGUGUAUGUAUCUCAUGGCUUUAAUCGAUGGGGUUCUUAUCUGAAAAUCAGCGUUACAAAGGAUGUUGUUACUAAUGCUGUCAUUAUUCCAGUGGAUAGGGAUAACCCGUUCCUUUUCAGGCGUGCGCUUGACUCCUUCUUUGGUAAGAUUACAGACUCCAGCAUUGAUAAGAGAACUGCAAAGGAGGAAGUUACCUUUUCUGCAUCUGGUACUGAUACUUCGCAGGUCAAGGAGGAUGUUACCUAUUCUGCCUCUGGUAUUGACGAGAAAACUGCAAAGGCACUUGCUUCCACUAGUUUCAAGGACAUACCUUCCUCAUCCAGCAAACAUGUCCCUUCCACCUCUUGCAUAUCCAACAUGGCAGAGAAAGUUCCCGACUCAAUUCUUCAUAUCAAAGAGGAGACCAAUUUUGUUUCCAAGGACAAGAAACUUGGAGACUUUUUUUCUCAGCUUUGGAUUCAAUUCUUACAACUUAAUGCUGACAAGUUUGCAGCUUUUAUAGAUGGUUUUGGUAUCCAGGCUUCUCUUUUAUCCAAACUCACUGGAAAAGAGAAUGGUUAUCUUGCUUUCUUGGAGGAUCCCAUGGCUGAAGAUCCACCUUUAGAGGCUCAAAAUACAUUGGAGGAAGAACCCGGUUCACCUUUAGAGAUUCACAGUAAUUUGGAGCAAGCCUCUUCCGAUAGAUUGGCAUUGGUUCAAUCUUUUACACCUAUCCAGGCUAUUUAUCCUUUAGUGGAUCAUCCUCCAGUUGACCACUCCUCUGUUCGUGCUUAUCACUCUGAUUCUGAAAUCUUUGUAAAGGAGGACAACAUUGCGUUUCUACCUUUCUUCAGAGAUCAAACAGAUUUUGAUCCUGAUCCGGAGCCAUAUAGAGAGUGGUAUCCUGAUGAUGGUAUUGAGCCUGAUGAUCAUCUUCGGCAUUGGGGAGGACCUAAAGGACUUACGGCAGCUUUAAUUCGUAAUAAUGAUAAGGGCAGAAUUAUUUUUGAAAGAGUUCUUCAGCGUCACCAUAAACCAAUGGAGAAGACGACUGCGGUGGAUGCUUCGGAAGACGAUGUUGUCACUCUCACUUUGGAAGGUGAAAAGGUUAUAGUGAAGGAAAUGGCGAACGAGGAGGAAUCUCAUCCAUAUGCUUUUCAUGUCUCUGGGCCCCGCAACGUUUCUUCUCCCAAUUGGAGAGAUCUCAUCAUUUCCAGUUGGAAAGAUGCAAAUUAUAAGAGGACGGUGAUAGCCUGCUUCAUACAAGCGGUGUACUUACUGGAGCUGGACAGACAAGAGAAGAGAGGGGAAGAAACAGGGCUUGCCCCGAAAUGGUGGAGGCCGUUCAAGUACAGGCUGGUGCAGACCCUGGUGGACGAAAGGGACGGGUCGAUAUUCGGGGCAGUGCUGGAGUGGGACCGGGCAGCAGCGCUGGCCGACCUCGUGUUCAUGAGGCCGAGGGGUGCGCCCACAGCCGUCGUGGCACUGCGUGGGACCCUCUUGAAGGGUCCCACCAUCAGACGAGACGUGGAGGACGACCUCCGCUUCCUCGCCUGGGAAAGCCUCAAGGGGUCCGUGAGGUUCAGGGGCGGGAUGGAGGUGCUUAGGUCGCUGGCAGCGAAGCACGGGAGUCAAAACGUGUGCAUUGCAGGGCACUCGCUUGGAGCGGGGUUUGCUCUUCAGGUUGGGAAGGCGCUGGCCAAAGACGGGGUCUAUGUGGAGGCACAUUUGUUCAAUCCUCCUUCAGUCUCCAUCGCCAUGAGCUUGAGGAACCUGGGGGAGAAGGCGACAUUCGUAUGGAAAAGGCUCAAAUCUAUGAUCCCUUCUUCUUCUUCUUCUUCUUUGGUAGCAGAAGAAGAAAGCGGAAAAGAAGGAUCAUCAAAAUCAAGAAAGCAAAAACCGCAAUGGGUGCCACACCUGUACAUAAACAACAGCGACUACAUCUGCUGCUCUUACACGGAUCCAGAGGGGGAGGCGGGCGGUAAAGAAGAGAAGAAGGAUGAUGCAAAGGCGUGGAAGGGCGGGGAUGGGAGGCACGUGGCGGCGAAGCUAUUUUUGUCGACGGUGAAGGGGGGAAAGCAGAGGUUUUUGGAGGCUCAUGGGCUGGAACAAUGGUGGUCAGACAGCUUGGAGCUGCAAAUGGCUUUGAAUAACAGCAGGCUGAUUAGCCAGCAGCUGAAAUCCUUGUAUAGCCUCCCACCUUCCUCCUCAUCUUCGCAUACAACACCCUCAGUUAAGUAAGCCUCAGAGGUAGAAGAAUUAUUCCAGAAGAUGACCUUCUCAGAUCUCUGGGUAUUGUUUGGUCUCUCAUCAAAUUGAAGGGAUGAUCUUAGCUUGUACUGAAUUUGAUUAAUUGAUACUCUUUCCGAGUAUUACUUGUGCAGGGGCAAGCUUCAUGUGGGCCUGAACAACUUUAAAACGAGAAUAAACUGACUACACUCGGCAUUGAACUUUUCUAAUGGUCACUUGGCCGCAAUAUCCUUGUUUAGAGCAUUUGAUUCUGAUCAUUUGAACAUUUGAGGAGCCAAUAUUUGGGCCCUUUGUUUUUUCGGCCUGAGUUUAGGGUAAG